GUAGGGUUUUAAACAACAUUUUCCUAAACCCCAAUAGCAUUAAAAACAUAAAAAGAAAUUCCCAAAUCCCAUAAUCUCUCCAUCUCUUUAGGCCUUAAUGCUGUGAGCUGGUAAACCUUGUUAUCAUCAUGCAUGCUAUAAAAGGUGGAUGGGUUGGGCAAACUUUUGCCCUAGCUAAGUGCAAUGAGCCCGGAGGGAAGAAGUCUCGGGUUCGUCGUUCAAAGGAGGAAAGGAAGGCAAUGGUUGAGUCUUUUAUAAAGAAGUAUCAAGAAUCGAACAGUGGGAAUUUUCCAUCUCUUAACCUUACCCAUAAGGAAGUUGGUGGGUCUUUCUACACAGUACGGGAGAUUGUACGAGAGAUAAUUCAGGAAAAUAGAGUGUUGGGUCCUGCAAAGUUGACUGAAGGGGAGCAGAGCACCGAUCUGUUCUUGCAACAAAAUCCACUGGGAUCCAUUUCAACUGCACCCGCAACUCUGUUGUCCAUCCAACCAAAUGGAGGUUCUUUUGUUCCCAGUCAUCGUGAGGAUGCUAGAGAUGAAUCAGUUUUUUCAGUUACUGAUGAGCUUUCUAUGGGAUCUGAAUAUAAAAUUGACAGCGAGCAGAUUAUUAAUGAGGAUCUUGUAGAUGUAACCUGUGGAACAGAUAAAGUGGCAAUGGUAGAGGUGCAAGUAAUUGAACCUCUGGAAAGUGAUAAAAGUGAAAAGGAAAUGGAAGCAUCCACAACUGAAGUCACUCAAAUAACUGCAGAUGUAGUAGUAGAGACAUUUCCAUUGCGACCUGUUGCUAAACCGACUGGCACCAUUGAUGGAAUGUGUAGUGAUGUUGGGAAAUUAAAUGAAAACUUGGAUCAAACGGAAAACGGGAAGGUGAAUGUGAAUCAAGAAAAUGGUAGUUUUAAGUUGUAUGGUAUGAAUUCCUCUGAGGUUUCUGUUUUGACUGAUGAGAAUGAAGCGGAAAACAAUGAAGAUGUGUUGUUGGAAAAAAACUCCGAUUUAGCAGAUAAGAAAGUGGUAAAAUUCAUAUCAGAUCCAUUAUUGGAAAGCUGGGAUUGCUCUACUGGGGGAACUGCCAUUGACGAUACUCUCAACGGUGCUGCAUUAGAGGUCUCUUGUGAUGAUAUUUUAACUUCUGAAACAAAUGAACAAAGCCAAGCAAUUGUUGGAGAGGCAAUAUAUGUUCCAAAUGGCAUCCACCCGAAAGCUCAUGUCACUUGCAAGCCAAUGUUGGAGGGCGAUGUUACUGCUGAAGGUAACGUUGAAGUGCAGAAUGCCAACUCGAAGAAAGGAUGCAAUAAAACAUUAGACAGAAUUAAUCUUGAAUCAUGGGAAGGGACAUCAAAAGGUGCUGCGGAAUCCGAAACUAACCCCCUUUUGGCUAUUUUCAAAUCUUUAGUUGCCGCCUUCGUGAAAUUCUGGUCCGAGUAACAGUUUUUGGAGAGAGAUACGAACUUUAUUAGUGAAAUAUACAGAACUAUAGAGCAUUUGUGGUUGUUUUCCUGGUGUGGUAUGGUUAUAGUUAGCGAGAGCAAUGUUCCUUGUGUCGGUCGGCUCGAGUUGAAUGUUAGAAUGGGAUGAACUUGUUUUGUGACGAACAUAAUUAGCUAUAUGUAUUAGAGAGUUUUGAUG